CAUGGCGUUUCGCUCCCAGUCCAAUGAAUUGUCGGAACUAAGGGGGUUGCUCGUAAACACCGCGAGCAACAGUUUUAAUAGAAAUGUUUAAAUACAUCGUUCUUUCUAAACACAGCUCUGUUGUGAAGAUAUCAAAUAGUUGUAAUCGCGGCUUCGCAUUUUUAUCAUCGAACGAACACCACACGUGUUCGCAGUUUAGUAGAUCUAUAAGUGUAUUCUGUUUUGUAGCUGUAACCACCGGAUAGCUUUGUUUAUACUUAACCAGCGGUUGUGUUAUGACUCGGUUUUUUAACCUUGAAAUUAAGAAUUCUUAACAUCAAUCUAGACAAGUUUUAUGCAGUUUUGGAAAACUAAAAAAGGAAAACAUUUAAUUUGAGAGACAUUAAUAGUGAUGACCAUUUUCUAAGAGUACGGAACACCAUAGACAACAUUUAUAAAAAUGGAAGGUUCAUUUACUAAAGUGUGUAAAGGCGGAGGUCGCCAGUGUGAUGUAACAGUUACUAAAUCUACUCUAAAAUGUGUUUUGAAAAAUAGCAUAGCACCAAACAUUCAAGUUGAGGUAAACCUGUCUGAUAUCUUGGCCAUACAGACAGGACCCCGGGAGAACUCCAAUGCUAGUAGCGUCAUCAUUCACUAUGCUGGACGGAAGAAGGACAAGUUGUUGACCUGGGAGAAGUUGGUGCUGGCAGCCGAGCCUGGUCUGUGUACAGAAUUAAAGGAUUCAUUUUCCUUAGCAUGUCCAGAUCGAGACAGGCCCAGACACUUCCUUGUCAUUGUCAACCCACACAGCGGCACGAAAACAGGCAGCAGAAUAUUUCACAAGAAAGUGGCACCUCUCUUUAAGGCGUGUGGCAUUACCUUUAAAGUGUAUGAAACAACAAGACCGAAUGACGCUAGAACAGCUUUCCAGGAUGUUGAUUUGUCCACAGUACAAGGAGUAAUAGCCGUUGGUGGUGAUGGAUUUUAUUCUGAAGUGGCCACUGCUCUGGUUCUGAAACAGCAACAGCUCCACCAGGUGAACACUGAUGAUCCAAACUGUGGGUUAGUUCCAGUCAAUGUGCCAGUGGGGGUGAUCCCAUGUGGCUCAGGCAACUACCUGGCCAUGUACUUGCAUGGUAUCAUUGACCCAAUUACUGCAGCCAUCAAAAUUGUCCUGGGUAAAACCACAGCCACCAAUGUAGCCAGUAUACAUAUAGGUGGUAAGCUGGUAAGAUAUGCUGGACUCAUCUCUUGCUUUGGUUUGAUUGGUAACAUGAUGGCCAUGUGUGAACGUCAUCGAUGGAUGGGCAAUGUCAGAUAUAAAGUGUUUCCACUCAAAGGUAUAUUAACCAGGAAAUUAGUCGAGGCUGAGGUUUCUUAUUUAAAAGAGAAUGGUGAGUGGCAGGUGUAUAAUGGACCCCUGUACAGUGUGGACUUAAAUGUGGUCAAUCUGGCAGAUAAGAACAACAAACUGGUGCCAGUCUUUGGAGAUUCUGCUCUGACAAUACACAUAGCUUCUGUGUGUCCUCUAGGGGAACACAUCAAACAGUUGUCUAAGGUGGCAGACUGGACAACUGGUGCUUAUGACUUCAACUUCCUAACCAAUGAAAGAGUAUUACGUUACAAAGUGUCAUUGACAUCUCUGCCAACAUUAAGACUGGAGACUGGGGAGGAACGUCUUGUGGAUAAGUUGUAUAUGAACUUGGAUGGGGAAGCACUGCUGAUUGAUAGAACUAGCUUUGAUGUCAGCUUACAAGCAGGCCUCAUUGAACUCUUUGGAGACCAUCCUUCAAGUUCAGCUCACUAACUGCCUUAUAGUCCAACCACAUCAGUUCCACAACCCAUGGAAACCAAGAGCUGGGAACAUUACAAUGGACAAUACUUGUAGAUAUUUUUGUUGUUACAAGACAAUGGAUAUAGUACACUUGUAUAGAGUAUAUAUACAAACAAUACUUUUCUCUGCGUUUUGUUUUCAUAGAUAGAUCUACACUCUAUAUAAGCUCAUUGAUCAAUAAAUGUGCUCAUUGAUCAAUAAAUGUGCUCAUUGAUAAAUAAAUGCUCUAUGCUUAUAGGCAGAUCUAUGCUCUUUGCUCAUCUGUUAUAUAUAUUUGUGAAAUACCACUGACAGACUGAUCUAUCAAGAGCUCUCUUGAAAUUUUUUACACGUUCCUUUUACCUCUAAGAUGCUUGCUAAGAAAUAGUUUUGAUAGAUUUGAGUCUUAGCAUGGAAAUUCAUGAAAAAUCAUAUGCUUUCUAUAAAUCUUUGUAUUUAGUUCUAUUUCCCCGUAAUGGCAGGCAGCCAAGGCCUAUUUAUAACAAUUGGAAUACAAAUGUUCCGUAGCACAAAAAUAAAAGACUUUUUGUAUUUUUUCAAAGCAUAUUUCCUUUCCCUAAAAUAGAAAAUAUCUGCAUGAAUGCAUGUUUUGUGUGUGUUCAAAGUUAUAAAAACAAAAUGAAAUAAAUUAUUCUUAGGUGUGUAACUCACAAUUGUGGACACUUUCAAAAGUUGACUAAUAAAACCAAAUUGAUAUUUUCAUUUUUUUUUUUCAAGAACACUGAAUAACUAGAUGAAGUCUUGCCUGUGUAUGUGUGGAGAAAAGUACUAGAAUAUAAAAUCUAAACUCUGUAGAAUUAGAUCUAGAUCUACCCAGUAUACUAAAUACAAUACUAAAUCUAGAAUUAGUGAAUGUGAAGGCCUAUCAAAGGGUUCAAGUGUGUUGGGGGGGGGGGGAAGAUAUUUGAAUACAGUUUGUGGCUGUGGGGUUAUUUUAUCUGUCAGCUAUGAAUAAUGGGGACAAAUAAGUACAAAGAAAAACAGGGGGGUGUAUAAAUGGAUAAGGAAAAAUGUAUUUUGGGGGUUGUUAAAAUGCGGGCUGUUUUAUUGGAGGUGAAAAAAAUUAGGAGGGGAGCUUCUGACCAAAAUAAACAGUACAAGUAUAUAAACUGGGAAAAAAUCAAUGGCAGUAACCAGUAUGUAAUGCUAAUUGAUAAACAUAUGGUCUUUGCUUUAGAUAGAUGUAUACUUCUAGAUCACUAUUGUUUUGUUAACUGUCCCUACAAUGUUCUGAUACUGAAUUAUUCAUUGAGGCAAAAACUGUGUGGAAUGAUGUCAGCCUCAUUGAUGCCUUGUUAAGUUAAAAUUUAUAUUCAUAAAAGAUGAUAUCUAUUUGAUUUGUUUAUUCUACACCUGAAACCCUUUUAUAAUUAUGAUUUGUUGUAAAAAGGUUGUGUAUUUAAAUUUAUCAGCAUCCACUGGCUGUAUAUGUCAGCGCAUUCUCUGUCUGUAUAUAUUAGUCCAUCCACUCAAUGUAUAUGUUAGCCCUUGUCUGACAACUUACUAUACCUGGCCUUUUUUAAACAUAGUUUUAUGAGCAUUAAGUUACUAUGUGUGUGUGUGUGUGUCUUUUGUUUACACAUUCUAGGAUAGGAAACAUUUGUUUCCAAAGUACCUCAACAAAAACAAAAUGACUGUUGAUGAAAGUAUUAUGUGCAUAUGACUCACAAACUUCAUUGGAUAACAACUGGUUGUAUAUCAAUGGUGGUGCUAAUCCUUUAGUCCUCAAUGGAAUUCCAUGCUUGCUAUUAGAUGUACACAAUGGAUAUAUAUGCAUUUGUAUUAACCCUGUUUUAUUUGUUAUACUACAAAUAUAUUUUUGAAUGUUUUUGUUUUUUUUUUUGGUUGGGUAGGGUGGGGUUGGUGGUUGAAGGAACUUGCUUUCAGAAUAUUGCUCAAAGCUUCCCUCUUCAAUGUUCUAUGCCAUUAGUUUAGACAAGUGUAUCAGUUGGACCUUCCUCCUGUGGGUGGUUUGGACUAGUGUGUAGAUUAUUUUCAAACUCUGAAGGAACAUCAGAAACAUGUAAAACAAACGGAACUGUGACUGCUUCAACACUUGCAGGUUUUGUGCUAAUGUAUGAGUUGGACUGGAAUACCAGAAAAAAAAAGUAAUAAAAUUCUCCCUCCCCCCCCCCUCCGAUCUACCCCAAACAGAUGUAGUAGUCUCCAAUCCAAUGCUGUGUUCUUUCUGUUGUAUAAAACAUGAUAUUGUAUAGACAUUUUGAUAUUGUAUGUGCAAUAUAUGAAACCAGCACUUGUUGAUAUUGUUGCUUUAAGCUAAUUCUCACUCUGUUUUGUAUAUAGUUAGAUUGUGUUGCUGAGACCAUACUGUAACUACACCUAUGUAUCUAUGUGAAGAGUUGAUCAUUUUAUUACAAUGGCAACUGAAUGUUAGCUAACAUAAAGGGAACUAAUGAAAGCUAUAGUGAGGGACAUGUUCAAUGUAGUCCCACAAUACUUUGACAAGCUGAACACAAAACUGGAUGCCAAGGAAAGCUCCCUCCAGCAGAUUCCAGGAAUUGGAAUUUUUGGAAAACCCAAACUUUAUCAGAAUGAAAAUAUGAUCAAAGCUAACAGACAAGAUUUAAACCUAGAAUUGAAUAUGUGUGGCCACUACUUCCCAACCACAUCAAAGUGGUAGCCAUCUAGAAAUGCCUUUCAUUACACGAAUUUUGUUUAGAUGUCAGAAUGUAAGGGAAAAUUUGUUUAGAUGUCAGAAUGUAAGGGGAAAUGUUUAAAUGUCAGAAUGUAAGGAAAACCUGUUUAGAUGUCAGAAUGUAAGGGAAAACUUGUUUAGAUGUAAAAAUGUAUGUUGUUAUUGGAUUUCAUCCCAUUGUAGAAAAUUAUUUGUAUGGAUGUCACAAGUUGUAUGACAUUGAAUGAAGUUUGGAGCCCUGGAGAUAGAUUGUAUAGAUGACUUGAUGUUUUGACAUCUGAGCACUGGAAAUAGAUUGUUUAGAUGACUUGAUGUUUUGACAUCUGAGCACUGGAAAUAGAUUGUAUAGAUGACUUGAUGUUUUGACAUCUGUGCACUGGAGAUAGAUUGUAUAGAUGACUUGAUGUUUUGACAUCUGAGCACUGGAAAUAGAUUGUAUAGAUGACUUGAUGUUUUGACAUCUGAGCACUGGAGAUAGAUUGUAUAGAUGACUUGAUGUUUUGACAUCUGAGCACUGGAGAUAGAUUGUAUAGAUGACUUGAUGUUUUGACAUCUGAGCACUGGAAAUAGAUUGUAUAGAUGACUUGAUGUUUUGACAUCUGAGCACUGGAAAUAGAUUGUAUAGAUGACUUGAUGUUUUGACAUCUGAGCACUGGAGAUAGAUUGUAUAGAUGACUUGAUAUGUUGGCCUGUGUAAAGAGGCAUGUAAUCAAAGCUUUACCAUUGCUGGUAUCUGUUGUUUGUUUUUUUCUGAUGGUUGUGAUUUGUAGAUAUCUUGAAUGACCAGGCCUGUGUAGGUAGCCAUGUCUGUGUAGGUAGCCAUGUUUGUAGAAACUAAUGAAGCAGCCAGUGUAAACAAAGAAAUAGGAAUCACUCUUAGAAUUGUGACUCAGUUGCUAUCUUGACAUUGUUUAAGUGCUGUACAGUUGGAAUGGUGUGACCACACAGCUUUAUGUGUCACAUUAUGCUUCCAUUUAUUUAGAUUCACUUGACCAAAUCAAAACAUGCUUACAAAUGUUUCACUGAAUGAUUUGUGUACUUUGACUGCAGAAAAUGAGAGAAGACCACUCACAAGUCACUACACUAUGAAACUCUAGACUUGAAGUUAUUUGCUGUUGUGUUGCUGUCUUCACUAUGUUGUGAUCAAAUAAAAUGUGAACACUU